GAAUGACUUAAUUUUAAAUAUUUCCAUAUAAAGCAAAAAGGAGAAUGCACAAAGAUAUAGACGAGUCAAUACAUGAACUGCACACCGGCAAGACGUUCGCUAAGAUGUACGCCGCCUUUAGGCCCAGCUACCCGCAAGAAGUGUACGAUAAAAUCAUGAGCUACCACCUAGAGCGGCCUGGUUCUCCCCCCUGUGACCAGCAGUUGGCUGUUGAUGUUUGCUGUGGGACUGGGCAGAGUACUCUACCCUUGACUAACUACUUUGGAAAGGUUAUAGGUACUGAUAUCAGCGAGGACCAGAUAGGGGAGGUAAGGAAGGACGUGGAGAAUCUAGAGACGGUUGUCGCCUCGGCUGAAGAGUUACAUUUCCUGGCGACUGGGUCUGUCGACCUGUUGACCAUCGCGACAGGUCUGCACUGGGUCGACCGUGACAGGUUCUUUAAGGAAGUGAGACGUGUUCUGCGACCGGGGGGAACGUUUGCGGCCUACUCGUACCGUUUUGAUGCCUUAGUAAACAAAGAGGCGGACACAUACAUGGAGAAUCUAAGGGAGACGACAUUUGCUAAAUACCUGACCUCGAAGUUAGAUGUGGUUGAUAAUAAAUACUCCACGAUUAUCUUUCCUUUUUGUGAUAUCAAGAAACACGACGGGAUCUCCAUGAACUCAGAGAUGCCGCUAGAUAUGUACAUGCUAUACCUGUCAUCGUACCACUACAUCAACAUGUACAAAAGGGAAUUCCCUCAGUCAAACAUCAUGGACGAAAUAUGUACAAAGUUGGCGAGAUUUCUAAGUGACGGAAACACCCCAAUAGAGAAGAUUAGCGUCAAGAGUAAAUUCAACGUCUUCAUAGUGCUGGGUAGAAACAUAUAAACUACCUAUCCCAGAUUUUUUAAAAUUUUGAAUCUUCUAAAGAUCAUUGUUGAACACA